GCGUAUCUACUGUGGAGGGGUGACAGGUGUGAGGACCGUACGUACGUAGCGUUGUGUGUAUAUGUCUCGUGUGUGUGGUGGCUUGUGACAUUACGCGCUUUCCCGCGAUAUCAUCCUAUUGUCAAUUUACGCGGAAUGACGGAGAGUCGCCGAUCGGCGACGUCGCCGAGAUUCGCCGCUUGACGUCGGCGAAAUCCCCCCCUGGGUCGAGCGUGCGCGCGAGGGCGCGCGCGCGCACGUUGAUUGGCACGAGACGAGCGUACUAUUCCACACUGAUAUAUAUACCGCGUGUGCUACUUGGCGCGCGUCUCAUUCCACGGUGUGCCGUUUGUAUCUUGUUCCGCGAUCGGAUUUCAUUCGGCUGCGACCGAGCUCCUCGCAGGGAAAUCAUCGUCGUUAUCGUUAUUGUCAUCGUCGUCGUCGUCGUCGUCGUCGCCGCCGCCGUGCGUCAGGAGUCAUCGCGAUGCCUCUUCUACGCAAACAGCCGUUCCAGCGUCUCUACGUCUCGUCCGACUUUAGGGACGACGACGAGGUGUACCAUUGCGAGGUUACCAAUGAGAUAUUCAAGAACUACAAUGAAUUUUGCGAGCGAAUUAUUUUGUGCAACUCGCUUAUAUGGUCAUGCAGUAUCACAGGCAGAACCAAUAUGACAUUUGAAGAAGCUUUACAAUGCGAAGAAAAUGCAAAGAAGAGCUUGAAAGAAUUUCCAAUGGAGUUACGAAUCCCUAUAUUAUACCUUGCUAGUAAAACGAAUAGAUCUUCUUUUAAUGAAAUGGUUGAAGAUGUUUUCCAAUUUGCGAGAGAUCGUUAUUUUGUGGGAGAAAUGGUAGAGGCUAGCUUUACUGAAGAAUCUUGGUGUGAUUGUCAUGUUCUUCAAGUUAUUGUACCUACAGAGCAGCAAAUUAAGGCAUACAUGAAUGAAAAUGGCAGGAAUCUACAAGAGCAAUAUUAUCAUCCACCAGCAAAAUUAUUUCGUUAUGAGGUAGAACAAUUAGAUUCUGGAGAUUCUGAUGUCAGCCAACUCAUGAUAGUAGAAGCAUCUCAAGUCAGAAGACAAAAACAACAUUAUAGCAGAGAACGUAAUAAAAUAUUCCUUCGGCAACUCUGUGAACAAAAUGAUAGUGGUAUAUGGAUUGUCAAGGAAAGUGUCUUGGAGAAAUAUGGAAUUAACAAAGUACGUUUUGAUACUAUUUUUGCUGGCACACUUCCAGAUUUUACAGUACGUGUAAAAAAGUCUGUCAAACAGAAACAAGAAUCUAUAGAUAAAUUUCUCACUUCAAAUAUAUCAAAACAAAAAACAUUCGAAAAAUCGGAUCCAUUGAAAAAAGUUAAUGACAGUAGAAAAACGAAUGACACGGGGGCAAUGAAGAAACAUCGAAAACCAAGAACAAAUGGCAAAUUUAAAGAAGAACUUAAAGCAAAAGCUUUGGAAGAGAAAGCAAAACGUAAAGCAGAAAGAGCAUUGAACAGUGAGCACAAGAAGGAAAAAAAACAAAAGUUAGCAGCUUUGGCUGCAUACAUGAAGCAGUGGAAUAAACCGAGAGAAGAUCUCGAAUGCGAAGAUCUUUGUCCCAUUCCUGAACCUACUGUUAUUAAAUGCAACAUCCCAAACGAAAAAUUUGGAGACUUUGUUAUGAUAUCAGAAUUUCUUGAAUUUUUCAAUGAAGAAUUAGACGUAUCGGUAUAUUUUCCAGGAGGUUUCAAUCUCGAAUUGUUGGAAAAAAUAUUAUUGACCAAAGAAGCAUCUGGUCCUUGGAGUGACCUGUUACAACUGUUAUUAUCAAAUAUAUUUAAAUAUCAAACAGGAGAAGAUAAUGAAAUUGAUGCUCAAGCAUCAUCUACCUUGUUGGAUGGUAUUAGUCCUUAUGAAGGUGCAUCAUCGAUGGCAAAAGCAGUAAAACUUGCUACUAUAGCUUCUAGAUGGUGUACAACUUAUCAGGGAUGCAAACUAUCAGAACUUACAUUAGACCACAUAACUUUGAGUGAAAUUUUGAGACAACAUUUAUUAAGUUCUGGAGGACGCAUAAGCGAAGCAGCUUCUAAGUGGCGAUAUUCUCAAAAGGGUGGCUAUACAAAUUUUGACGAACCAGCGCUCCUUUUGAGAAUAAAUGAUGGUUAUCUUUUGCGAUUAUUAGGUCAUCGAAAUGUAUGCGAACUUGAUUUAGAUGACAAAAUAAAAAUCGUUACAUGUCUGAUCAAUCAGUUGCUUACUUUUGCAUCAAUACGUGAUGCAAUCGAAGAGCGAUAUGAUAAAUUACAUCAAGCAAAAAAAGAGUUAAAGUUGUUCUUGCUUGCUGAACAAAAGAAAGAAAAAGAAGAAAAAGAAAAGAUGCGGGAACGCGAGAAAGAAGGAAAAGUUGAAGAAGACGAACCAAAAUUGAAAAAGAUUACGCGUGGCAAUUAUGAAGAAGAAAAGAAAAAAGAAGAAUAUGAAAACAAACUUAAAGAAUUGCAGCAAGCAUCAAGGGAUGACAAGAUGAUGCUUUACCUAGGCUCAGAUAGAGCUCAUCGAAGAUAUUGGAGAUUUAUAUCUGUACCAGGAUUAUUUGUAGAAAAUGAUGAACGCUGGCCUGGAAGUUGUCUUUCUGAGGGCACUCCACACCACCCAGAAUUGCAAGAUAAGGAGGCUACGUACGCAUAUCUAAGAAAUAAAUUUGAGGAUGAAUUUAGUGACAAAGAGAACAGUUUCAAAAAAUCAAAGAAGUCACCGAAGAAAAUUCUGUCUUCGGAUAAAAACGGAGUCAAAUCGCCACGCAAGGAAACAAAUUCUCGAAAGGAAUAUAAGCAAGAUCUCAUUAAUAUUAAAAAGAACUUAGUACUAUGUACAGGAGAUAAAGAUUGUCCUGUUCAUUGCAAAAGAUCACUGAUUACCUGGAGCUUUUAUGGAAAUGCAGAAGAUAUACAAGCACUAAUAGAUAAUUUGAGUACAAGGGGGAUCAGAGAGAGCGAGCUUAGAAAUAAUCUUUUGCAAGAGAUGGACAAUUUGCUUCUUGUUAUCAAUGAUUGUCCUAAAUACAGAUUAAAUCCUGAUGUUUUUUCAGAUUCCAAUAAAGGUCAGACCAAUAAGAUGAAUAAAAAGAAUAAAUACGAGAACGCGAAUUUGAAUUUUCCUUCAGAUGUGGCGGUCGACGAAGUAAUGGAAAUGACGCUGAGAGAUCAUAUUUUAGAUUUUGAAGACAAAAUCAAUGCAGGUUGUUUGGGAUCUCUUAAGAUUAUCGAUCGCACAGUCUGGAGAAACGCGAUCAAUAAAAGAAGUUAUGACAAACAAUGUGAUAAACUGAUGUGUGCGGGUAGUGAGAUAGACAUAGAUAUACCACCCUCUAAUACAUUGAUAGAUAAGAUAAAGAACGAAUCUAAACAUAGUAGACCCGGUACUCCCGAUUCCGAAGUCGGAAGUAUUAAUAUAAAGACUUAUAUAGAUCCAGGAAUGUACUUAGGUUUACCCAGUGAAGAUGAAAUGUCUAUCGAUCAAAAACAACAGGCGGCUAUCAAGCAGAUGGCUUGUGCUAUUUUACAAUUGUCUCACGCUAUAGAACAAAGAUACUUGCAGAGACCGCUCGGACCCGAUCAGAAGGAUAAGAAAUGGUCAGGUGAAGAGGCUCGAGAGAGAUGGGAACAAUCAUUGAUAGCGUCGACCAAUUGGUCUCAGUUAUUCGUUCAUUUGAGUACUUUGCAUAAUAGCGUCGCGUGGCACAGAAGCGCAUUGAAUGCUCAAUGUCGCAUAUGUCGAAGACGUAGAGACGCGGAGAACAUGUUGCUUUGUGAUGGAUGCAACAGGGGACAUCAUCUCUAUUGUCUAAAGCCAAAACUUAAUGCUGUACCGGCAGGAGAUUGGUUUUGCACAGCGUGUAGACCACCGGAGAUAAAACUCAAGGAAAAAGCUCAAAAACGGAAAAGAUUCGAGGAUGAAAUUGAGGAUGAAGUAAUACUGACCAAAGAGACGCGACACAAUCGGGCGAAGCGCAUACCUCAAAGCGAUGAUGAAAAUGAUCAAGAAGACGAUGAAGAUGAUGAAGAUAGUGAGGAAGAUAUAAAUAUGCGCCUAGAAAACUUAUGCGCAUUGUGUAAAAGUGGUGGAAAGGUGAUCUCCUGUGACACAUGUCCAAACUAUUAUCAUUUAGAAUGUGUAGAACCGCCGUUAUCGAGAGCUCCUAGAGGAAGAUGGUCUUGUUCUAAAUGCAAGCCUAGAAGAAGGAAUGUAACAAAAGUGAGGGGGCGUGAAAGGGAAAGAGACAAGGAGAGGCUGUGCGCAGCAGCAGCACGCUCUCGCAUCCAUGGCUUUGCCAAGAGCCUCCUCACUACAGAAUCCACAGACUGGGAUGAUAGCAGCGCAUCAGAUGAUACCGAACCAAGACAAACACGACGUGCGACAAAAAGGGCUGCCGAAAUUGAACACGAGGAAGAUAAAAAUUCGAUCAAGGGAUCUAUGGCUAAACUGCAAGAAUUAUUGACCGAUAUUAGGCAUCAUAGAGAUUCAUGGCCGUUUUUGUCGCCCGUCACAAAGGAUGAGGUCCCAGAUUAUCACGAUAUCAUUUCUAAUCCGAUGGACUUUGGAACAAUCAAAUACAAACUCGGUAACGGCGAUUACGAAACGCUAGAUAAAUUCUUUAGCGAUUGCCAGCUGAUUUUUGAAAACUGCAGAUUGUACAACAAGGAACAUAGUUCUGUUUACAAUGCAGGUAUGCGAUUACGCAAGUACUUUGAGAAGCGCUGCAAGGAAUUAAGUUUGAAUUUCAAUGAACUUUCCCAAGAAUCCAAAGUUAAGAGAGCAAGAUUUGACGAAGAUAAUGAAGAAAAUUGCACAUCGGAUAGCGAGGACGAAAGCGAAGCACAGAAGAGAAGAUAGAAUAAAAAAGAUAUAUAUAUACUUUAGCAUAGAGUGCAUACUCGUGAGAUUAAAAAGUCUGGUGCCGCUCAAGAAGUUUAUAUAUAUUUUGAACUUAACAUAUGGACUUACAUACCGAUAAUCGAUCACGAGCGGUAUACAGACUCAGUAUGUAGCUCAAAAUAUUUUAUAAAUUAAAUACUUUUUUUCACAGUGAGAAAUGAGAAAUUAUAUUGAUAAUAACUCAUGGAAUAGUACAACUGAAUGAAAAUUACUUUGCAAAAUCGAUGGUAUUAUAUAUACUAUAAUAGUAUACAAUGAUAAAGAUCUUUUUUUCUUCUCUAAAGUCGGUUUUUUCGAGGCUUUUUAUAAUAAAGAUGUAUGCAGUAUUAUUUGCAAAAGUGCAUAUGCAUAAUAGCACUACAUAUAAUUUUAGAUGCAUUG